GCAAGACUUCACAGAAAAAUAGUGCAUCUGCAUUUACAAACAAAACAGCAAGACAAUUCCUCUUCCAGCCCGAAACUUAAGGUUGUAUAGCAGUUUAUUUUUUGUCUUGUAUAAUCGCUUGAUGCAGGCGUGGUAGCACUGAUAAUUUGACAGCCUUUACAUCAUUUUUUGGAGGGGGGGGGAAGAAAAAUCGUGGGCCUCUGAUUAAACUGGAGCUCAUUUUCAUUGCAUUUCUUACUGUUACUUUUUGCUGCCAGACUGACAAGCGGAGUGUGAAUGGAGGUCUCCCAGUGCUUUUCUCACUGUCGUUUCUUGGCAGCUGGGAUGGAAUGCCCGCUUUGACUGAAAAGCGCAUUUUUUUGCUUGGUGGUGGUGGUGGUCGAGGGGGUGUUCAGAUGAAAGGAGGACCCAUCAGCCUGUUGAUGAUGAAUCGCGCUGAAGUGAACUCGACUGCUGUCACAUCAGCUGCGUGCCCUUGUUAAAGGGAACAAAAAUCCUACACGAUAAACGUAGAGGAAAUCGGAUGCGUGGCGCGUGGAAGAAAAAGGACAGAAAGGAGCACUACGUAUAAAAUGGAUCAAGCGGGACCCUGAACCUGAGUUCGAAUUUGGGGAGUGAAAAGUUCGAAUUGUGGUGGUGAUGAUGAUGAUGAUGAUGAUGAUGCGGUACGAGGACGAUGAAGGGAGAGCGCGCGAGGGGAACUGCGCUUGGAGCUGAACUGUCGGUUUCACGAGCGCUCCCGCCUUCAUGUGUUUGUUGCCGUUUGCGAUACACAUGUUACGUAUGAUUUACUUCAUGUAAAAGGCAGAAAGGAAAUCUGUUUCCUGGUGGGGGGUGGGGGGGGUGGUGGAAGGAAGAUAUAUUAUUCAGGGUCACUGCAAGGGAAACUGCGAGAGCGCUUUUCGCCUCAAGAUCGCGACGGAGGAAUGAGGAGCCGCGCGGGGGUCUGACGCCGAGGAGGUUCGCAGAAGGGCACGCGAGCAGCACUGAGCACGAGCAACAGGGCAGAACCUGCGGUGAAGCAUGGGCUGUGCUUCUAGCAUUCAUAUCUCGGAUAGGGUGGUCUAUCACAGCGGAAAAGAGUCCGAAGAUUCUCACUCCCCCCAGCAGAGCAACACCACCAACCAGCAAGGGAACCCAGCGCUGGGUCUCCCCCUCAAGUCAUCCGCUUACAAGGCCGCAUUUACAGAGGUGCAGUUUGGACCAAUGAGGCUAUAUGAAGAUCAACUUCAGGUAUUGUUAGUUUUUGCCAAAGAGGACAGCCAGAGCAACGGCUUCAGCUGGGCCUGUGAAAAAGCCAACUUCCGAUGCACCGUUGCCAGGACCCCUGAGUCCGCGCUGGAGUGCUACCUGGACAAGCACCACGACAUCGUGGUCAUUGAUCACAGACAUUCCAGAUACUUUGACGCAGAAGCCUUGUGUCGGUCAAUAAGAGCUGUAAGCUUUUCGGAAAACACUGUGAUUGUUGCCGUCGUGAAAAGGCCGGAACGUGAGGAGGCCUCAGUGAUGCCCCUGAUCGCUGCGGGUUUCAGUCGGAGGUAUGUGGAGAAUGCCAACGUGAUGACCUGCUACAAUGAGCUCAUCCAGCUGGAACAUGGUGAAGUGCGGGCUCAAUUCAAGCUGAGAGCCUGCAAUGCUAUUUUCGCUGCAUUGGAACAAAGUCAAGAGGCCAUUGAAAUCACAAGUGAAGAUCAAGUGAUUCAGUAUGUGAACCCUGCCUAUGAGUCAAUUAUGGGGUACCAGAAAGGAGAGCUUAUGGGGAAGGAGGUGAUGGAAGUGCCUAAAAGUGAAAAAAAUAAGCCUGACCUUCUUGAGUCCAUAAACUCCUGCAUCAGGAAAGGGAAAGAAUGGCAGGGGAUUUAUUAUGGCAAAAAGAAGAAUGGUGACAGUGUCCAGCAAAGUGUGAAGAUCACACCUGUGAUUGGACAGGGAGGAAAAAUCAGACACUAUGUGUCUAUUAACAGGCCUUUAAAUGAUAAUAAUAAGACUGACAAGUCCAGUGAUCGUGUGCAAGCAGAAUCUCAGACAGACAACCAAUCUUGCAAACACAAAGACAGAAGGAAAGGCUCAUUAGACGUGAGGUCAACCACAUCCCGGGGGAGCGACGGAAGUUCUCAGAGAAGGCACUCUUCUAUGGCUAGGAUCCACUCCAUGACUAUUGAGGCUCCCAUCACCAAGGUGAUAAACAUCAUCAACGCGGCCCAGGAGAGCAGCCCCAUGCCAGUGGCUGAGGCACUGGACCGUGUGCUUGAGAUUCUGCGCACUACAGAGCUUUACUCCCCCCAGCUUGGGACCAAGGAGGAGGACCCCCACACCAACGAUCUUGUUGGAGGGCUGAUGACGGACGGUUUGCGCAGGUUGUCAGGGAAUGAAUACAUGUUUGCAGCAAAACAUCCCCAUCACCUUCCAGGCCACCUGAGCACCCCACUGUCACUCAACGACAUCCCCCCACAGAUAGCUCAGACUAUGGAGAACGAAGAGUCCUGGGAUUUUGACAUCUUCAACCUAGAAGCUGCAACAAUGAAACGGCCCUUAACGUAUUUGGGUCUAAAAGUAUUUUCCCGUUUUGGAGUAUGUGAAUUUCUUAAUUGCACCGAAGCAACAUUGAGAUCAUGGCUGCAAGUGAUUGAGGCCAAUUAUCAUUCAAGCAACUCGUACCACAACUCAUGUCACGCAGCAGACGUGCUGCAUGCAACCGCAUACUUCCUGUGCAAGGAGCGAGUGAAGCAAAGCUUGGACCCCAUCGACGAGGUGGCCGCCCUGAUCGCUGCCACGGUGCACGAUGUGGACCACCCAGGCCGCACCAACUCCUUCCUGUGUAAUGCGGGCAGUGAGCUGGCUAUCCUGUAUAAUGACACGGCUGUGUUGGAGAGCCACCAUGCUGCCUUAGCUUUCCAGAUCACCAUCCGUGAUGACAAGUGCAACAUCUUCAAGAACAUGGAGAGGAACGAGUACCGCACAAUGCGACAGGCCAUCAUUGACAUGGUCCUUGCCACCGAGAUGACCAAGCACUUUGAACAUGUCAACAAGUUUGUGAACAGCAUUAACAAGCCCCUGGCUGCACUGGAGGAGAACGGGGGCAACGGAGAGGAGGAGUCUGUGAAAAGCAUCCUGACAUCUCCAGAGAAUCGGAUCCUUGUCAAGCGCAUGCUGAUAAAGUGUGCGGACAUCUCCAAUCCGUGCCGCCCGCUGGAACUGUGUAUUGAGUGGGCUGGUCGUAUUUCAGAGGAGUACUUUGCACAGACUGAUGAGGAAAAGAGGCAGGGUCUUCCAGUGGUGAUGCCCGUGUUUGACAGGAACACCUGCAGCAUUCCCAAGUCCCAGAUCUCCUUCAUCGAUUACUUCAUCACAGAUAUGUUUGAUGCCUGGGAUGCUUUUGCAGACCUUCCGAAUCUCAUGCAGCAUCUGGAUAACAACUUCAAGUACUGGAAAGGCCUGGAUGAGCGCAAGCUGCACACCCUGCGCCCCCCCCCUGAGUAGCCCACAGACAUUGCGGGGGUCUCCCUCGCCCAGCCCAGCUCUGCCCUCGCAGCGCCGCCUUCCUCGCCUCAUGCCAGAGUGCCGCCCUGUCACAGUAACCUGUGCUGGACCUUCUGCCAACUUGCAGACCCUGUACUACUUCGGUUACAGAACCCCCACCCCUCUCAGACAUCACCAAGACCACAUCCAGACUCCACCACGAUGGAGAGGAAGGUCAUGCUGCAAAUGUACCUGAUAAAUGAACAAGCAAAAUUUAAUAAGAGAAAGACAGACUUGCAGGUCUGGGUCCAUGUGUGCUGCAGAGGUUCAGCAUGGUGGGCUUUUUACAGUUCAUGUGUCAAACUGUGCCUGACAAUGGGCAGAGGGAUAAGCGGGAGUCUCCCUGACAGAGGCCUUUCUGCUCUGUGAGGCCACCUAGACCCUUCAGCCCUUCCAAGAGAGAAGGAUGAAGGUCAGGGGGGAUGACGACUGAAUUUUAUGUAGUGGUUUCAUCCCACUUGUCCCCUCCCUUGCCAAGAUUCAAGCCGCUGGAGGCCGGAGGUGUGGUGGGAUGAGAGACAGUCACCGAGAAAUCCACAACGCCUUAGCCUGGACGCCAGACAAACGACAGGGUUACAUUUUCACUGCAGGACUCCUCCACCUUCACUCACUCUUCUCUUUAGUUGGCAUUUUCCUUUAGGUUUUCCCCCUUAAUGUACACACCUAUCACUCCUUUGCUCUGAAAGGAUGUGCAACACAAGGUGGUCCUGAGACGAGGGGAGGUAUAAUUCUAAUGAAGGCUGUUGUGAUGUGGAGGAUUACGGGGGUUCACUGCUUGAAAGAUGCGAGAACAUACCCAAGUUAACCAUUAGCAUUUACGUGUAGACUCUUCGGUAUAUUUAUUUUGUUUUAGAUGUUCAGUAUUUUCGAUAAAUUUGUAUGUAAUAAGUAAAUAGUUAAAUUAAAGAGUGAGAACAACGAAGAAAAGCCAAAGCAUAUUAACAGAAGCAUUAUGAUUACAUUAUAUCAGUUGUAUUCAUAAAAUACAAUUCAUUUCAUUUAUUUUGUAGAGAUAAAAUGACACCAUUAUAUUGCACUGUAAACUACAAUGGAGAUGUGUGUUACAGUAACUGGUCCAAGACUGGGGUGGUGAGUUUGGGAAUAAGCUGUACUGUUGUUGUUCAUCUGAACAUGAGAGCGUGUCCACUGCAGCCGCUCUCCUAGUCUCAUAACUCUUUGGAAAUGCUGUAAACCACACGCCUUUCAACAACAGAAGACAUCUGGGAAAGGGUUUUUUUGGACUCGAAAACAUUUUUUUUUUUUUUUUUUUUUUUCUUCCCCCCCUUCCCUCUCCUGGAAAAUUUUUUGUAUCUGGUUUGUCCUACUGAAAGACUGCCUUAUUUUAUACAAAUAUUUAUACAUCCCACUGUGUGAACGCAAAGAACAUGGAAUUUUUAAUAAUUUAGGCAAAAGUAAUAAGCGAACAAAUUUAAAUAUUUUUGUAGACUACAUCUUUUACACUGGAUUGACGCAAGUGAAAACAAAUAACAAUCUGGACUUAUGCGAGGACGUCGGACAGCCAUCGAAGGGGCGUUUCAUUCACAUAUCUACGGAGAUGGUGUGGGAGAUGCAGGAUUGUCUGUGGCUGUUUGAUUCCAGUCUCUUGUCACAGUGCUCCUUGAUCAGACAGGUAUAUUACACUGGCCUUUUGUACAACAAAUACCCACAGAAAUGUCUCUUACACUAUUGGUUAUAGUUGAAGUACGGAUAUGUGUGUGAAAGAAUGUUCUUUAGUAAGACUAUGUCCUAUUUUUAUUUAAAUAGUAUAUAAAUAUACCAUUAUGCAUAAGCCUACAUAAGUCAAUAUGAGAUAUUGACUGAGAGCUUUUUUUCUUUACACAGAAGUGUUUGCUCAAUCAGGGGAUUUGUUUGUUCAGUCUGAUUCAGUUGUAUUUCUGGUCUGACAGCACCAAAAAGAUAAACAGGAAAUAUACAAAAGAAAAUAAAAAUAACGAUAAUGAACGUUUGGCAUUAUGUUUGUGCAGUAGUCGUCACUUCCAGCACUGUACUCCUUGUUUUAAUGGUAUUGGUGCAGGCCACAGAAGUAGGCAAAAAUUAACUAUAAAUCAUUUUUUCAUUGCUCCAGA